CGCCGGAUCGCACGAAUACUUCGAACCCACGCUCUACCCGCGAACACAAACGCUUACACACUCCUCAACAUGGCUGCGCCGACCGGAGCUCAAGAUGCCGUCCUCAAGCCCUCCGACCCUGUGCCCGAAGGAGCCGUUCCUGUAGUUGGACUUGACUUCGACAAAUUCGCUGGCCGCAACAUCACCGCAGCUGAGAUGGUAGAGAGCAUGACGAACAUGGGCUUUCAGGCAACAUCAGUUGGACAAGCAGCUCAGAUCAUCAAUGGAAUGCGCGAAUGGCGUGACGAAGAGACGGGACAAGGCACAACAAUCUUCUUGGGAUACACAUCGAACCUGAUUUCUUCGGGUCUGCGAGAGACACUGCGGUGGUUGGUUCAACACAAGCACGUCUCGGCCGUCGUAACAACAGCUGGAGGUGUUGAAGAGGACUUUAUCAAGUGUCUGGCACCGACCUACCUUGGUUCAUUCUCCACUGCUGGAGCAUCACUUAGAGCCAAGGGCAUGAACAGAAUUGGCAAUCUGGUGGUACCGAACAGCAACUACUGUGCGUUCGAAGACUGGGUAGUACCAAUCUUUGACAAGAUGUUGGAGGAACAAGAGGCAUCGAAGGAUACAGAGGAGCCCAUCAACUGGACUCCAAGCAAAAUGAUCAACCGACUGGGCAAGGAGAUCAACGAUGAACGCUCAGUGUAUUACUGGGCAUGGAAGAACGACAUCCCGGUAUUCUGUCCUGCUCUGACAGACGGAAGUCUGGGUGACAUGCUGUACUUCCACACCUUCAAGGCUUCACCACUGCAGUUGCGCGUUGAUAUUGUCGAAGACAUUCGCAAGAUCAACACGAUCGCAGUCAGAGCAAAGAGAGCAGGCAUGAUCAUCCUAGGAGGAGGCAUUGUCAAGCAUCAUAUCGCCAACGCUUGUCUGAUGCGCAACGGAGCAGAAAGUGCCGUAAUCAUCAACACAGCCAACGAGUUUGACGGAAGUGACGCGGGUGCACGACCAGACGAAGCCGUCAGCUGGGGCAAGAUCAAGGUGGACGGCGACAGCGUCAAGGUUUACGCCGAGGCGACGGUUGUGUUCCCUUUGAUCGUUGCAUCAACGUUUGCCAAGGUGGCUUGAUCAAUCCCACGAACACGGAAGACGCGACUGAAAAAGGAGAAAGAGGCACACUUUGAACCACCUGAGGCAAAUGCAAUAUGGGUUGCAUGGGAACCAGACAGAUGCGUAACCCCCAUGCAGGUAUGCGCCGGGUAUGAAACACUUCAGAGCGGAUGGAUGCAGUGCAGGCAGAGUGCAGGGGGUUGUGUCCUCUUCCAGGGUUCAGUCAUCAAAAAAGCAGCCAGGCUGAUAGAGGAUUAGGCGCGAGCCGAGCCGCAGAGUCUAGCGCCCGCGCGGCAAUGACAGGGCAAAGCCAUGCACGUGCCAACUCGAAGCCGAGGUCAGGAGAAGACACCUUGAUGAACAUAUGUCCCUUCGACAGCGAUAAGAGCUGCUCUUGUCGCUGUUCUGGACUCUUCGGUCAUUACCAUCAGCUCUUGUUUUACUAGAGGUAGACAGAUGGCUAGAAUGAUAU